CGGCACCCACAGUCAUCGAUAUCCGCACCCUUGCUCGGUCACCGCACACCGCAAGUACUGAUCAUAGGUUUCGUAUACUCAAGACUCAAGCACAACACUUAAUGCUUAUCUAUGGAACAUCCUGCAUUCCUAUUACGGCUAAAUAUACAAAGAGACGGUAGAACGUCGGCACGUUGUCGAAGCGUAUAUAUACCGGCUGUGGUUAUGCUCGAGGUCUUAGAGGUACAAUCACCAUAGUCACUGUUCAAGUUAUGGCCCCCACCCUCGCGAUUGCUCUCCUAUCGCUAUUCUCUUUCGUGAUAGUGCGAUCCUUGCAAAAGAAGAGAGAUACUAAGGGGUUUCCCUUACCCCCUGGUCCUCCACCUCUCCCUUUCGUUGGAAAUGUGGUCGGAAUCGAUACGGAUCAUCCAUGGUUGGCGUACUCAAGAUGGGGAAAUGAGUAUGGGGAGAUCGUUUACUCUCGACUCUUCAGUCAGGAUAUCGUGAUCAUCAACUCCGAGAGAGUUGCUCAUGACUUGCUCGCCCGUCGUUCACAUAACUAUUCCACGAGACCCCCAGGGCUUAUGCACGUUCUUGACUUUUUUGGCUCCGAGUUUGCCUCUGUCUUUCUACCAUACUCAGACAGGUGGAGACUUCACAGGCGAAUCUACCAUCAAGCAUUCCGCUUAGAAGCAGCACCAGCCUUUCGGCCGAUUCAGAUGCGCAACGCUCGCAAUUUAGUGUCAAACUUACUAGCAUCUCCGGAGGCGUAUGGAGCCCAUCUCCACACAUUCAGCACGUCCAUCAUCAUGUCAAUAGUGUAUGACUAUUCGACAGCGCCCCGUGAUGAUCCUUUUGUUGCGGCUGUCGAGCAGGCACUCGAGAUAUCUAUAAGGGAACUCAGGCCUGAGGUCGCAGCUGUCGUAUCAGAAUUUCCGAUAUUGGAGAAACUUCCUCCCUGGUUCCCUGGAGCGAGCUUUGUAAGGGGUGCAAUACUCCUGAAGACCCUCAUUCCCACGACUGUGGACUUGCCCUUUGAACAUGUGAAGAAGAAUAUGGCUGCUGGAACGGCUGCACCAUCCAUGGUGUCGGAUGCACUGCGUCGUAUACCAGAGAAAACAAGUGAAGAAAAGGAGGCCGCUGUUCUUGAGAAAGCGAUUAAGGAAGCCAGUGCCUCUGGUUAUGCUGCUGCCUCGGAAACGACGACUUCCACUUUAUAUGUCUUUUUGCUUGCGAUGGUUCUUUACCCUGAGGUACAAGCACGUGCUCAAGCAGAGAUUGAUUCCGUCAUUGGGGAAACCCUCGAAAGACUUCCUGACUGGGACGAUCGCGCUUCCAUGCCCUACGUCAAUGCCGUCAUACAGGAGACGCUGAGGUGGUUCCCCGUCGUACCUCUGGGUAUUCCCCAUGCCACGGUAAAUGACGACGUCUACGAAGGCUAUUAUAUUCCAAAAGGGGCUACUGUAAUGGCCAACACGUGGUCUAUGGCACGCAAUCCAGAGAAAUAUCCAAACCCGACGAAGUUCGUGCCCGAGCGCCAUAUGUCGAAGGUCUCCGUCGAAGCGCCAUCAGCGCAUGGCCCUGAUAUUUCCUUCGCUUUUGGAUUCGGAAGGCGUGUUUGUGUUGGACGUCAUGUUGCGGAUGCUUCUUUAUUCGCUGCUGUCGUGAAUAUUCUUGCUGUUUUCCGGGUGGAACGUGCGUUAGGAUGGAACGUCGGGCCUGAUGCUGAAGGGGUGAAGUGGACGGGAGGCGUAACGACACAUCCUGUGUUCCCUUGUAUCUUUACCCCUCGUCACACGGAGGAAAGGGCGUCGCAGUUGAUAAAAGCGCAAUGCUGAGAGCUGAUGCGGAUGAAAUCCAUGUAUACUGGUACGAUUUGGUGUAAUUCCUUGUGGCCAUGUAUCCACAACACUUUCAUCUGACUGCGCGCGUUUUUGCCGUUGGUCUGUACCGAUGAUUUGAAUAAUUCGCGUCAUUUGAUAUCGUUGCUCUGCGUUCUCCUAUUUCCUU